UCUCAUUCAAAAACGGCGUCCAACGACAACUCCAACCAACUGCAGCAGCAGCAGCAGCAGCAGCAGCCGCAGCAGCCGCAUGUGCACCCCCACCGGUCGCACGCGCAUCACUUGACGUCGGAUCCAGCAUCUCCAAUCAUCUUGAUCUCGUCGCGACCAAGCUCUCCGCUGCACGCACAUCUGCAGCAGCAGCACCACCACCAGACUCAGAAUCAGGACGGACCGACGCCUGCCUCGCCUCCACGCGCGUCUGCCGCCACCAUGGGAGCAGCGUCUGUCGGUGGAUUGAGCCACGUCCAUGGCCCUCUGCCGUCGUCUCCGUCGCGCCCUGCAAAGUGGCUGCAUCUGGUUGAGCCGAAAGCCAGCAGCAGCAGCUCCGGCAGCAGCAGUCAUCACUCGCCAUUGGCAGAUGCGGCUUCGGCUUCCUCUGCUUUGGCGCACGCGCCGAAUGCUUCAUCGGCCAACGCUGCUACGAUUGCCGCUAGUGCUGUGGCAGGAGCGCCGGUCGGAGCCGCGGAGGGCUCUUUCGCAUCGACCAGCUCAGGCACUCCAGGCACUCCGCAGCGAUCCUCCAUCCCAAUUGUCAAACUCGGUCCGCUGGUCGACGGCAGC